AUGGGGCUCUGUGAUCUUCCGAACGAGUUGUUGUUCCCGAUUUCCGAGGAGCUGAAGGUUUCGGACCUGGGGUCCCUGGUUGUGUGUUCCCGAAGGCUUGCGGCUCUGCUCACACCCAGUUUGACAUCGGCAACGCUACAAUCGGCCGAUUACACCGCGCUUGCACUACAUUGGUCUGCCGCCAUCGGGAACGUCCACCACCUCACGCUGCUUCUGGAGAAUGGCCCAAGGGUAGUGGUCCAGGAAGACAGAGCGACAAUAUGCCGGACCCCAACGCCCGCCACUCCAUCACUCGUGCAGAAACUCCUCGACCUGGGCGCUCGGAUAUGCGUUUCCUCAUCGUAUUACACGGACCUGCAUUGGGCGCUCCGGCACGGCCAUACGAGAGCGUUCACAAAACUGGUCGAGAUGGGGGCCCAAACCCACCACCGAGACGUCUACAGGAAAACCCUACUCCACGCGGCCGCGGAAUCGCAUAACCUACCCGCCGUCCGGACACUUUUAUCUUCAUCAUCAAACGCAGAAGUGGCCGUCCGUGACCACUUUGGCGCAACACCGUUGCACCUCGCCUCCGGCUGUGAGGAGAUUAUCCACACCUUGCUAUCGGCGAGCAGGUCGCAGACGAAUGUCAUAGAUUUCUGCGACGGCGCGGGAGAAACGGCUCUGCAUCGAGCAGCAAAAGCAGGGAAUCUGGGGGUUGUUAAGGCCUUGGUAGAGGCGGGGGCGGCUGUGGAUGGUGAGGAUGGCGAGGGGAGGAAGGUCAAGGAUGUAGGGUCUGAAUAUCUAGGAAGGCGCAGAGAGCCGGAGGUUGUUAUGGUAUAUACCCGGGAGAAGUAGACGAAGCUCCGGUCUAAGAAGGGAGUUGCGAGGGAUGGAUAUGGCGCUCGGAUAUCUCAGGGGCGUUUACGGCCUCUAUUUGAAUUUGAGACCACCAGUUGGGGUGUGUGGACAGCUGGACGAUUCAUAAUUUACACGCUUAUUGCACAAUACGAGCAAACACACGCGACUGAUAUACGGUUACCGGUAUCUACCUAGGGCACACUGGACGAGGCCGCUGAUCGCAAACUUGGGAUUUGAUGGAUUUGCUUGCUAUGGGGUCAACAUGCACGGGUGAUUUUCGGGGAAAAAAGAUUCGGCGUUUGGGUUUCGGAAUUGGUUACUUCUAUCAUACUGAUCUGAUGUGUAUAUUUUGAGUGACGAUACAAGUACAUAAGCUCGAAAAUAUCAGAGUAGUCCCACGGGAGCCUGUAAGUCGUAAUUAAGUUUUCAUGUGACGUAAUCAUGCAAUCGCCCAUAAUUCUAGUAUCAUAGUGGUAUCAUACCGGUACCUGGUAGUGGUACUUGAGUACCGAGCAACCUAACCUACCGGUAUCUCGCAGGCGUAUAAGUGCCGGAAGUCCAACCCAAGUAACGGUACCGGGUAGACUACACUGCUGGUAUGAUAUGAUACCCGCUCGCUUCAACCCUGCGUCCCGGUAAUCUAACCAAUCCGACAAACCCCUCCACCCCGGCAAAACAUUUCUCCGUCAAUUAAGCCACGCACUCCGUUAUUCCUGCGGACCUGCUGUCACGCUUGCCCCGACGGGCUUGAGCUAGCUAGCCGCAACUACAGCCUAGCACCCGUAAGCCC